UCGCGCGCGAGGCUUGGAUUUUAGUCCGUGACACGGUAUUACCGCGACUCGAGCGACUCGCGGAACAGUUCGCCGACUGGCAGGACUGCGAGACGGCAACAUUUCGCGGUUAUUCUUAGUGUUCUCGCGAGGAAAAGCGGAACGCGCGCGCCGCUUCCGCUUCCGUCCAUCGCGCUCGUCUGGACCCGCGAAACGAUUUGGUUCACGCGAAAUAGUCGCGUUCGAUGUGUAUCGAUAUGCGUAGUCGGUAGUUGAUCCCGCUCGUGCUCCGACUUGGAUUAGAGGCGAGAGUGAGCAAGAAGGAAAUAGUGAAUCGCAAGGAGCAAGAAUACCCCUUCUCCCCACCUCUCUUGCAAAAGAGUUACGCGUGUAACGAGGCGAGAUUUUGUCCGAAGGAGGAAAAGAGCGAAACCUCGCGCAGGAUUUGACUUUUGGGUUCACGCUCUCCGCUCUGGGACUAUGUGGGACAUCGCGACGGAGCGAGUCCUCAUCGCGGCCGGAAUGUCGCGGAAUGGGGCCCGUUGAUCGGGUCCGCAGCAACGGACUUCGACGACCAUCCACGGCGGAGGUAUGGACGUCAUCGGUGAUGGGGACGAGCAGACCCUCCAGGCGAUUCUCGGUCGUGGUGAUUUCGUCGGGGGUAUAGACAACGAGGCUCUGGAUUUUUCGCAGUUGGAGGACUUUAUCAACAGUGACAGUGAACAACCUGCAACAUACUUUGCGGACACUCUCGCGCAUAAUGAAAAUGGGGGUGGAACUGCGCCUCACAAUGGCCGGAUCGAAGCACCUACGUCGCAACCGGUCGUCGCCCAGCAGCAGUCAUCACCGCGAUUACCUUCGCCGCAGAUGACACAUCCAGUCUCGAUAGCGUGCAUUUCUGGUACUACGACAGUACCUAACAAUAAUGGCGGCUACAAAGAUCCACAGUCGUAUGUUCAUCCUAUUCAACAUAGUCUCUUCGAGAAGAUUGUUGCACUUGUCCCACCUUGGCACGAGUUUGAAGAUUUCCCCUCGAUUUUAAGUAAUACGGGUACCGUGGAGCACAGUUGCAGUAGCAGUAGCGCGGUAUUGGAUAGUGAUGAGGUCACUGACAGCAGUUAUAUCGACGCUAGUUAUCAAUGCAUUCGGUUCCAUCCUUUUCAACAGUCAUCUUGGCAUGUUCUCUGCGAUCACAAUCUCAAAGAGUUACCGAUACCACAUUACAGGGUGGACGCGGACAAAGGAUUUAAUUUUAGCAAUUCGGAUGAUGCAUUUGUUUGCCAGAAAAAAAAUCAUUUUUAGAUAACAUGUCACUCGCAACUUCAAGGAGAGGCCAUAUUCGUUAGAACUGGUGAAGGUCUAAAAAAGAUAAGUGGUUUCCAAUUACAUUUCUACGGAGUCAAAGUGGAGUCUCCGUCGCAAACGAUCAGAGUCGAACAAAGUCAGAGCGAUAGAAGCAAAAAACCUUUUCACCCUGUAACAUAUUGGUGUUACAGAGUCGAAUUAAGCAGCGAACGUGUCACGAAAGUGACGGUUGGUCGCUUACACUUUAGCGAAACUACGAGUAACAAUAUGCGCAAGAAGGGAAAACCAAAUCCAGAUCAGAGGUAUUUUCAUUUGGUCGUCGGAUUGCACGCUCAUACCGCGGAUCAAGCCAGUUAUCAAGUAGUGGCUCACGCAUCAGAACGUAUAAUUGUCAGGGCAAGUAAUCCAGGACAAUUUGAAUCAGAAGGCAGUGGUGUAGGUGCUGAAGGUGGAUGGCAGAGAGGAGCCGCCCCGGAUAGCGUAUAUCAUGCAGGCAGAGUUGGAAUUAAUACGGACAGGCCGGACGAAGCUCUUGUUGUACAUGGCAAUAUGAAGGUAACAGGUCAUAUCGUUCAACCUAGCGAUGCAAGGGCCAAGCAAAGUGUUCAAGAAGUGGAUACGCGUGAACAACUACGAAACGUACAACAGCUGCGCGUUGUUCGUUAUCGGUAUGCCCCGGAAUUCGCCCAGCAUUCGGGUCUGGAUGUGAAACAAGAAGACACUGGUGUCAUAGCGCAAGAGGUUCAGCAAAUUCUACCGGAAGCUGUGCUGCCGGCAGGUGAUAUCGUUCUACCAAACGGUCAGAGAAUAGAAAAUUUCUUGGUGGUAAAUAAAGAGAGGAUAUUUAUGGAGAACGUUGGCGCCGUCAAGGAAUUAUGUAAGGUGACAGAUAGUCUAGAAACGAGAAUAGAUCAAUUAGAGAGAAUAAAUAAACGAUUAGCAAAAUUGAAACGGGGCGAUAGUCUAAAGAGCUCCAUCAGCACAGUAUCCAGUAUGUCGGGAAAUAAAUAUUCAUCUUCCAUCAAUAAUAAGUCAUCUUUGCACGGAAAGACAAAAAGGCUCGAAAGAGAGGAAGAACUUCUCUGCAGCAAUAAAUUUAUUCAAAUUAUCAUUGUUAUACUUAUUCUCAUCAUGGCAUUUUGCCUAGUUGCAAUGGCAACCUUAUAUUUCUUGGAAUAUCAGAAACGUAGUAGCAUUGAAUGGUCCACCAUGGCAAGCAAUGGAAUGUUGGCCAUUGGUCCAGCUCAUCCAUCGACAAUGUCCACGACUUCUAAUUACGAGCACCGAUAUAAUUCAUUGUUGCAUAGUACAUUAUCUCCUUUGUAUACAAAGCAUGGAUCUUACACAAGGGGAUUAGAUGGAGGAUUAUCUGUCAAAAGUAACUCUCUGACGACACCACCUCCUCACACAAAACAGCAAUUGUAUUCUCAGGAAAUAACAUGGUAUCCAAUAAGCCAUCCGGGUUCCCAAUCUAAGCUUGAAAAAAAUAACGAAUUUCCUGGAAACUGGCUCAGUAGAAAUGGCGCGGGCGCUGUUCCUAGUAACGUAGAUGAAAACGAUCAAAGCUCAGAUGUAGAUUCCUCAUCCACUAACAAAGGUCCGAUUCCUUUAGGAAGACCUGAAGAAUGUCCCGCACACUUUACUGAGCUCGAAAGUCCAUGUCAGGUAUAUUGUUGCACAGCUGAGAUUCAUCAGUUGGAAGAUCCUCAGCCUGAUCAUCCGCCAGAGAAAAAAUCUAUUUCAGAUCAUUUAGAACAACCAUUGAGCAUGCCACAUGAAGAGAAACGGAAAUUAGCUAAAGGUUUCCAAAAUGGUAUUAGUCCAUCCAAUCCUAGCACUCAAACUCUUGUGAAAGAGAUUAAUUACAAGUAUUUACAUAAACGAGCAAGGCGAGAAACUGGUGCAGAUUGGGGAGAAGUCGCUAGUAACGCCGCGGGAUCAUUACCACCGGAACCUAGACCACAAUUAUUCGUAGUGGCGAAAAACUUCAACACCUCUCUGGAUCAAAGAUAUUGCUCGCCAUCAUCGCCAGAUACACCCAACAAUAUUAGUUGCUUUAUACCUUUGUCGAAACAUAUGCCGGAUACGCAUUUAACACUACAUUUUGUCGGCAUGCCGUGGUAUUGGCAGAUCGUGCAACAGUGUCUCUUUUCGCCGAACUCCAAUAUGGACGAAACAAUGUGCGGCUGGAGUUACACUGUGCCGCAACAAGCUCAGUACAUUGAAAAUAAUAAUCAAUCGGGCGAUCAGUCGUUUUCUCUCGACGUCGCUCAUUAUCUUAGGAAGACUUUGAAGUUUCGAAUACCUACGAUACAACCCCAAGAGAAUAUUUGCAGAAACAAACAUGGUGUCGAUUAUUUGGAAUUUACAUUGCACUUUUAUCGAGAUUGCGAUGAACAAUAAAUUUUCUUUUCUUGUACAGUGCACAAAUGUUUAUUAUAUAGUAAAAAAUUUAUCGAUAAAUUUCUAAGAAUCUAACAGGAGUUAGACUUUUCACCUUAUAAGAAUAAAGUCUUUGUGCCUUUGUAACCUUUUCUCUGCUUUCAUAGUUUGCAGUACAUACAAUAUGUAUUUUAUAUAUCAUUGUGUAUUGCAUUAUACACAUAUAGUAUAUUAUUUACUAAUAUAAACGUAAAAUAUAUAUAAAAUAUAUAGAUUUAGAAUUCUAUAUAGUUAAUAUAAUACAUAUCAUAUUGUGCAGGAAAUUUCUUUAGGUAUUACGUGUGUGAAAAAAAGUAUAUGAUAAUUAUCUUAUUCAUCACAAAGUAGAUAACAAUAAUGACAAACGAACAAUCAAGUAGUUGAUGGGUAUUUUAUUUCUCACUGUUUGUUUCUCACGCUAUAAAUAGCAACAUUUUAUUAUAUUUUGUUGUGUUAACAAAUUGAGUAUGAUGCAUCGUCAAUGCAUUGAUAAUAUUACACGGGUGUAAAUAUAUGAAAUUAUUCGUUAAACUUCGAUAUAUGAGAUAAGAAGAUACGGAAUGUUUCAAAUUGUAACUUGGAAAUUAUUGACGCCUUGACAUUUUUGUAAAAAAAAAAAAAUCGGGUAACUAU